GUGCUUGAACAACAACAUCAAGAGGUGUAGGUACGUGAAGCCAACGCCGGUUCAGCGCCACGCGAUUCCUAUAGCCAUGGCCGGCCGGGACUUGAUGGCUUGUGCUCAGAGCGGGUCCGGAAAGACGGCGGCUUUUUGCUUCCCCAUUAUCAGUGGUGUGUUGACCAAGUGUGUGGAGAGGUCUCAGAGUAAUGGUGGUGAUGGUUGGACUGUGUUUCCCAGAGCUCUCAUUUUGUCUCCGACGAGAGAGUUGACCAGUCAGAUAUUUGUGGAAGCUGGAAAGUUUGCUUAUCAGAGUGGAGCAAAAAUGGCUGUUGUUUAUGGUGGAGCGCCGAUGGGUCAGCAGCUUCGUGAUUUGGAGAGAGGUGUUGAUAUCCUAGUCGCCACUCCAGAGCGCUUAGUGGACAUGAUUGAAAGGUCACGAGUUUCACUCAAGAUGAUCAAAUACUUGGCACUAGAUGAGGCUGAUAGGAUGUUGGACAUGGGUUUUGAACCUCAAAGAAGGAAGAUAGUUCAAAGAAUGUCAGCCUCCCCCAGGUGCAAGAGUGCGAUGCACGAUAGGAACAAGAAGGCGAUGGAGUUAAUAGCCAAAGGGUGGAGUGCUUUGAAGGAAGUUGAUAGAGUCAUCGAUUACUGCAAGCUCAAUGAUCGCCGUCUCAUUCCUCUAUUAAGGGCAGCAAAGGAGAACUUUGAGUUGGCUCUAGAGACUGACAACUCAAAUACCCAUGCCAGGUAUUGGUUGUCCAGAUUGCAUUUGAAAUACAGUGUCCCAAGGGCAUGCAAAGCCAUGAGGAGCUGCCUUGUUAGUUGAAGCGGCAAAUAUGGGUGAUGCAGAUGCACAAUAUGAACUCGCUUGUCGUCUUAGAGUUGAGCUUGCUUGGGUGCUUUUUAGAAUGAGUAUGUCCAAUCGGAUCAGCAAGCUUUCCAUUAUCUGGAGAAGGCAGUUGACCAGGAUGGAAGCUUAAGCAGUCAUAUAUGCAUCCAAGGAUUCAACUUUUAGUUAUGUCGUUUUUAAGCUUUGGUCAGCUUGUGUGUCUUUAAGAAGGUGGAGGCAUCUUAGCUUGAAGCAUUUGGUUUUGGGACAGAAAUGAGGUAACAUAUAGAAUAUGAACUCGCUCGUCGUCUUAGAGUUGAGGUAUAAACUCUGAGCAAAUUGUAUCGUUGCUGCUCUUAUGAAGAAUUUGUACAUGAAAUAUGUUAGUUUUAUAGGUUUCAUUCCCGAUGUUUGAAUUUUGAUGACUGAUGUGAUAAAGUUGGGGAUUCUUGCUCAAUAUUCUUUUGGUUUCUGUUUGGGAUUUUCCAAUUGUUUUGUUGUAUAAUUUUUUCCUCUGAUAUUCUUUAUCUUUUCACUAUUAAUUAUGACCUUGCUUGGGUGCUUUUUAGAAUGAAUAUGUCCUGUCAGAUCAACAAGCUUUCCAUUAUCUGGGAAGGCAGUUGACCAGGUAGAUUUUCACAAUGUCGGGGCAAAUAAAAGUUCUUCCAGAAUCUAUUUCAAAGUCUAAUUGGAGCAUGGUAUUUUUUUAGUUGCAUCUAGGUACUCUUUACCUUCUGGGUGCUGUGUAUCUGACCAGAGACUGUGUCUAGAAAGAUGUUGCCUCCGAGUCUCUGACUUAUGGUGUUUCCAUAGGGCAUCAGAGAAGGGACAUGCUGGUGCCGCUAUAGCAUAUGGGUCUCUUCUUCUUCAAGGUGUUGAAGUCCCAGAAUCUGUGAUGAACUUGACUUCAAAAAGGGGUUCUUUAGCCAGAAAGGCAAGAAAGAAUGCAGAAAGCCUUGUAAGAGACCAGGCAGGAAUGGCAAGAGAGCGGUUUCAGAUUGCUGCAAAAGCAGGAUGUGAUCUUGGACUUAAAUGGUUGGAAAGACUUGACGAGGAAGAGAAGCAUCUAUUGACUGAAAAUGCAAUGGUAGAAAAUGCCCAAGGAGGAAAGAAGGUGUGUUAAUCGUUCAAUUUACCGACCAGACACAGUUGUGGAGUUACCCUUGCGUGCCUUAGCUGAUUGGGGUCCAUGUAUACGUGGUACAAUCCAACAAGAGAAUUCCACUCCUGCUCUACUGACAAUGAAGCUUGAAUGUCCUCAAUUGUUGGAUAGUAGUUGUCAUGAAUAUAAUCGUUAAUAGUGAAUUUUGUAUAUAUACCGGCAUGUUGUACACUUAGGAAUAGCCAAAUGCUAGCACAAGUACUAGUUAUUUUAGGCAGCAAUGUGAGUACUUUUCUUUUUGCUUGAUUUCAAAUGCGAUGGUUUUUUCUGAACUGUAAACGAAGUUCCCGAUUUUAACUUGUUAGUUGUAUUUCCCCAUUCAGUGACCCUUGUAUCUGAUUGAAUUCUGAGAAUCAAUACUUUCAAGUCUGAGUUGAUC